GAGGAGGAUAACAGUCCAACGCUGGAAAGAUCCAACUUACCCGUUUAUACCGUGGCAGCAUACGACAUCUACAGUGCGAUAUUUCUUCGAACAGGUUGCUGAUGAGUAUUCCGGAAGUCGGGCUGAGCUGCUCCUCUCCGGCCUCGUCCGGCAGCGACCGCCGGUCGAUCCCCGUGCUGGGCAUGGGCACGGGGGUCUUACCAUUCACGCCCGACCAACGCGCGAAGAUGAAGCUCGCCAUCCUCCAAGCCAUCGAGCUCGGGUACCGCCACUUCGACACCGCCACGCUCUACCUAUCCGAGGAAGCUCUUGGGGAAGCUGUCGCCGAGGCCUUGCAGGCCGGCCUCAUCAGCUCUCGCGCCGAGCUCUUCAUCACCUCCAAGCUCUGGUGCAGCGACGCUCACCACGACCUGGUCCUUCCCGCCAUUCGCCAGAGCCUCAGGAAUCUCAAGUUGGACUAUCUUGAUCUCUACCUCAUACAUUGGCCAAUAAGCUUGAAGCCCGGAAGAUGCCAUUUCCCUUUAAAGAGCGACGACAUCCUUCCAUUAGAUUUGAGAUCAGUUUGGGAAGCAAUGGAGGAGUGUCAGAGGCUGGGGUUGACCAAGUCCAUUGGUGUCAGCAACUUCACGCGGAAGAAGAUUGUGGAGCUACUUGACAUUGCUAGAAUACCUCCCGUUGUCAACCAGGUGGAGUUGAAUCCAGUGUGGCAGCAGAAUAAGCUGAGGGAGUUCUGCGAGCAAAAGGGUAUUCAUGUCACUGCCUAUUCUCCUUUAGGAGGCCAAAGCUUGUCACUGGGCAGAAACUUGGUGUUGGAAUCCCAAGUGCUCAAAGAUAUAGCCGAAGCAAAAGGAAAGACUGUGGCUCAGGUUUCCUUGAGAUGGUUAUAUGAGCAAGGAGUAAGUAUGGUUGUGAAGACGUUGAACGAGGAGAGAAUCGAGGAGAACACAAAAAUUUUUGAUUGGGAAUUGAGCGAUGAAGAUCGUCACAAAAUAAGUCAAAUGCCACAAUACAAGAGAGUCUCCGUCCGAUCGCUGUUAUCAGCGGAAGAGUCGUCCAAGAGACUUGACCUUCCUAGUAUUGAUGACAUGGAUGAAGAUUAACCAAGUUGAUGAUAUAAGAAUGCUGUAGACAGACAAUGUGUUGAAUUGAUUUCAUAUAUUUCUCUCGCAUGAUGAUGAUGUUUCCACUUAAAGUGAUAAGAUUGUUCUUAUGCGAUUAUUAUUAUUUAUU